AUGAAGAGCAAGAAAUCCCUGACCAAUGGUAAAGUUGUUCAUUCUGAGCCUGAUGUGUUAUGUUUUACAUCGGAUCCCAGUAGAAAAAGGCCUGUUCUAGUUAUAUGUGAGGUAAAGAAAAUUGAACCCGGAGAAAAUACGCUAGACCAUCCUAAGAAAAAGAUCAGGUCACUGAAUACAUCUACCUCCAGUAUAUCAAAUAUACCCGACUCAAAAUUUGCUCCACAUAUAUGGGAUCUCUUUGUUCAUAUGGAAAAAUCAGUCUCAGCAAUGGCUGUUCUUGGGGUGGCUGUUGAUAAAACACACGUCCGGUUUACUCUUCUUAUUGUAAAUGAAACAACUAAGGAAAUGUUGAAAACAUCGGAUGGAAGGGGACCUGUACAUUUUGAGGGACUGGUGGAAAACCCUCGGUUUUACUACAGAAAACAGAUGAACUAUCUUAAAGAGAGAGGAAAGAGAGGAAUUGUUGAAAUGUCUGCUUUAUGUUGGAAUGAUGCAAAAUAGAUUUUAAAAAUCGAAUUGUGUCUUAAAUAUUUUUUAAAAUAUAAUUUUCAUUUAUCUGCAUGGUACUUAAAAAGACUUGGACGUGAUUUAAGAUCAAAAAUUUUAUUUUUAUUUUUUAUGUAUAAAAGGGUUUACUGGUGCAUUUUAAAUUAUUGACCAAAAUAUAGAAUGUUAAGUUAAAGUACAAGCGAGAUACAGAUGUAAGAAUUGAUUGUUAUGGAAACAAAGCUCGAGUCUCAUAGUUGUUUACGAAAAAUGUAAUGUUGAGAAUUGCCAUUUCUUAGACAAAAUGACAUGUAAAAACAAUUUAAACUAAUUCAAUAUCUUUAUAAAAUACUUUUAUCAACAUAAGAAAGAUGCAUUUGAUUGAAAUUUACACCACUAUAACACACAUGUAAAAAUGACAAUAUUUGAGCUUUGUUUACAAAACAAAGAAUUAGGAACUCUGUAUCUUGCUUACAACUUGAUAUUUGACUUUAUAAUUUUGACAUAGCAUUUGUGAAAUUUAUGUCUUGUACUCGUACUAAUGUAAAAAAAAAAUCUGAACAAAAUUAUGUUAUUUUAUUAUCAAAAUAUUCAGUCUGAUAUAAUAGUCUGUCUUCCAUAAUUCUACUUCAUCCUAUUUUCAUUGUUUAUAUUGUAUAUUUAUAAUUAUUCAAUAUUUAUUUACUAAUUAUCUUUGCAUUUAUAAAAUGCAUCUCUGACUUGUGAACUGUAUAUAUAAUGACUGACCUCAUGUACCAUUUCUUGGUUUGAGUGAAUAAACUGAACUGAAUUGAA